GACUACCCAGCGGGCAAGGGUUUGCCUGGUGGUGUCAUACCUAUUUCACCAAUCGAGAUGACGAGGUUGACUUCGCCCAACUUCCCGAAUGAAUAUCCACACUCUAGUAUCAUGACAUGGGUUUUCCGCGUUCCUCCACCCUACUAUUUCAACAUUUGCUUUGACGUCUUUGAACUCGCCGAGGGGAUGGACAGGCUAAGCAUUGGAAAUGGAACGGCUCCGUUUGCGGCAGUUUCCGAAGUGUUUUUCGUAACCGAAACUGCGUCUGACGUUGCGAGCAAGAGGCUCGACGAUCGUCAUGUCAUGGAAGAGUACAUGUGGAUCAGGCUUGAAAGUUACCAACUUGCGAAAAAUGGGAGAUUUGCCUUUAAUAUCACUGCCGUGAUAGAUGAAAUCGUCCUUGAAAAAGGUGAAUUCAAGCUGCUUAUGUCGCCGUAUUACCCUCUGCAUUAUGAAAACGAUGCCUAUGUUAAAUGGCAAAUAAAGGUGCCCGAUACGGGAUAUGGUGUAUUGGUUCAUUUCAUCGAGUUUCAUCUGAUUGACAGUGGAGACACUCUCACCGUAGAGGACAAUGUAUCACCUGCAAAGGACAGUAUUCCAGCUGUCUUCACGGGUGUUGAUAUCCCGUCAGACUUCGUCCUUUGGUCUACCAAAGCGCUGAUACGUUUCGAAACGAAUUUGGCUGGUGUCGGCGCGGGUUUUAAAAUCAAGGUUCAGCCAGUGUUUGGAGAGGGUACGUAUAUGAAAGAUCAAUUGGUUUUGGCUCAUCAUACAAAAUCGUGA